GGAACUGUGCAUUGCGACAGGCCGCCUGGAUUCACGUCGCAGACGAAACGCUGUUGCUUAUGCAUCGACCCAGGAGCCUCAAUAUUUUCCUAUUCCGCUCGACUGUCGGUCUCGAUUCUUGAUGCCGACGAGACGUCCUCCCCGAGUGCUAAACUCUGUCACGCGUGGAGCUGUAGACAUGCACAAUGAUUUUGAGCAAGACUGCUUCGUCCACAGAGAGCGGCGCUCCAGAUCUCUCUCUCUGGACCUAGCUCUAGUGUUAGAAAUCAUUGUGCAUUUCUACAGGUGUUUUGAUGUACGUCGCUACGGCAAGAGAGUUGAUGUGACAAAAUUCAGCACACGGGGAGGAUGUCAUGACAGAAAGCUCAGGAAAAGAAAGGCGGUCAACAUACUUUUCCUCGCGACAGCAGUGAAGUUGGGUGCUGCAACAUCCCGAAGAGACGAUUUGCCAACUUCAUUGCGACACGAAUUUGCACUUUCUGCAACGUUGGACAGCGCCAACGUUGGGAAUGAGCACAUAUCAUACUGGAUAGAAUUUUCGACAAACAGGUCGUCAUUCUCUGGAAAUAUUUGACAUCGUGUCCAUCAUCUUCGAUAUCUUCCUUCGCUCAUACACAACAAACAUCACACCACUUCUACUCUCCACCAUCAGGACCCAACAACCAACUCGGGUUCGUCUGAAGCACAACAUCUCUUCCAUGGUCAUAAUCACCAGCCACAAGCUUAUUCAACCAUGUACCCAAUCUCAACACCGCCUUACUAAUCUGCAACUCCACGAUUGGGAAUGCACCAGUUGCAUAUCCGCUAGUGGCCAGGUUUGUACCGUUGAAAGCUUGCG